AUGGCGGAAUUUGACAAAGAAAUUACAGACGAGACAAGCGAUCAAGCGGAACGCCUAAACAUGACUUUAGAUCAAGCAGUCGAAAGGUCUGAACAACUGCGAAGAAAUAGAUCUGCUGCAAAAGGCAACAUUACUAAGAAGAUUAAAGAGCUAUCUGAAUUAAAAUUGACCUUUCUAGAUGUAAGCGAAGCCCGAAACAAAAGACACGAAUUUAAUGAUGUUGUGAAUAACUUUUAUGUCGCCCACGAACGUUAUCAUGAUGCAAUCAAAGACGAAUAUGAUCUCGAGGACUCUCACGAGUAUCUGCAAAUAGAAAUUAGGAGAAUCGAGAACUUUCAGCGAACUUUAGAAGAAUGGAUUACAAGUCUUUCAACCGAACAUCGAACAUUAGAAUACGAUGUAAAGUCCGGCGACUCAGCGAGCAACAUCGCAUAUAAAAGUCGAAGCAAAACAAGAAACUCUGUUGUAAGUUCGCGGAAAACCGAAGCAUCAACUCGUAGCAGUAUGGCAAAUGCUACAGCAAAAAAGGCAGCGUUAAAAGCUGAGGCAGCCGCUUUGAACGAGCAUCGAGCCCUGGAAGAAGAGGAGCUUCGACUGAAACAUCAAGAGUUGGCUCAACAACAGCGUCAAGAAGAAGAGAGACUGCGUCUUAAACAGAGAAAGCAUCAGCUACAAUUACAAACACAAAUUGCAAAGGCCGAAGCGGAAGAGAGAGUUUAUGCUAUGGCCGACUUGGGAGAAAAUUUUCACCACCCACCAUCGCGUCCACUUCAACUGCCACUACUUCCAACUGAUGAAUAUCCACAGCCUUCACGCGUUAGUAACAAUACACCCCAGUAUCUCCAACAACAGAUGAAGUCAACUGGGCAAAAAUCAAUUCAGAAUUAUGAUUCAGAAUUAGCAGAAAAUUUCCUGCACGACAUGUUGGAUAUGCAACGACAACAACAUCACCAAAAUCAAGAAAUGUUUCAAAUGCAACAAUCAAGAGACUUUCAUUUACAACAUCUCCUGAAUCAACAUCAGCAAUCGGCUCUCUCGAUGACAUUACCGAACGCUCAAGUCCCAAUGUUUGGUGGUGAUCCUGUUGACUACUGCCAUUUUAUAAGAUCGUUUGAAACCCUCAUCGUAGCGAAGACGCCAUCUAGUGGUUCAAGGCUGUAUUACUUAGUCCAAUAUACUUCUGGUGAUGUGCAGAAGUUUAUGCGGAGCUGUUUGUCCAUGAAUCCCGAUGAAGGAUACCAAGUUGCAAGGAAACUCUUGAAGCAACGGUAUGGCCAACAGCCUGUUUGGAUCGAGUCACAAAUGUACCGCAAAUCAAGUCUGAAGAUGGCGAGGCGCUUCAAAGGUUGUCUGUAUUGCUCACGAGUUGCAAGUUCACCCUAAAGGAGAUUGGUUAUCUCAGCAAACUUUAAAAUCCGGACAGCUUGCAGAGUGUGAUCAGUAGACUACCCUAUUUGCUGAGGCAGAGAUGGCGUGACGUAGCAGAUGAUAUAACCAGCAAUAAGAUGAGAGAGAUAACGUUCGAGGACAUAGAGAAAUUUGUAAAAGUGAAAGCCAAGGCUUUUACUCAUCCCAUCUUUGGCAAAAUUAACAGUGAUUCCAAGAACAAAUUAAUACAAGAUCCUAAGGGUCCAAGAAGUAGAUACGCCUUUGGAGUGAAUGGUAAUGAGAAGAAUGUUCACCGUAACUUCGUGAAUACAGAGGCUACAGCAGGUAGAUUGGAAAUGAGAGCCUAUUACAAGAACUGUCCAAAGUGCAACGGUGCCCACCUUUUAUCUCGAUGUGACGUGUUCAAGAGGGAAAUCAUUGAAAACAGACUAAAGUUAGUGCGGAAAAAAGACUUAUGUAAAAAUUGCCUUUUCCAUGGUUAUAUUGCCAGAUCAUGCCCGAAAGAAAGUUUUUGCAAAGUGGCUGGUUGUCAAGCAAAACAUUCAACGUUUUUACAUCCAAGAAAUGUGGAUCGGCGCGAAGAGAAACCUUUCGAUGAACAGUCCACUGAAGCAAAUGGUAAAGAAGCAAAUGAGACUGAAAUUACCGUUGCACAAAAUGGUUAUGUUAAUACGAAUGUUAGCAGGUGUGACGUCAUUGGGGCCGGCGUGACUUCAACUGUUUAG